AUGGGACCAGUCUCUCUUCCAAAAUAUCAGAAAUUAAGCACUUGGAAAGGAGAUUUGGCCAAGAUGACCCAUUUACAGGCUGGACUCAGUCUAGAGACUAUAGAGAAAGCACGCCUAGAACUGAAUGAAAACCCAGAUGUUUUACAUCAGGAUAUUCAGCAAGUCAGGGACAUGAUCAUCACCAGGCCUGACAUUGGAUUUUUACGUACAGAUGAUGCCUUCAUCCUGAGAUUUCUCCGAGCCAGGAAGUUUCACCAAGCGGAUGCCUUUAGACUCCUGGCCCAGUACUUCCAGUACCGCCAGCUAAACCUGGACAUGUUCAAAAACUUCAAGGCAGAUGACCCCGGCAUUAAGAGGGCUCUGAUCGAUGGGUUCCCUGGGGUGCUGGAAAACCGCGACCACUACGGCAGGAAGAUUCUUCUGCUGUUUGCAGCCAAUUGGGAUCAGAGUAGGAACUCCUUCACAGACAUCCUCCGCGCCAUCCUGCUCUCAUUGGAAGUCCUUAUUGAAGAUCCUGAGCUGCAGAUAAAUGGCUUCAUUUUAAUUAUAGACUGGAGUAAUUUUUCCUUCAAACAAGCCUCCAAACUGACACCAUCAAUCCUUAAACUGGCCAUCGAAGGGCUGCAGGACAGCUUUCCUGCCCGCUUUGGAGGAGUCCAUUUUGUCAACCAACCCUGGUACAUUCAUGCCCUGUACACACUGAUCAAGCCCUUCCUUAAGGACAAGACCAGGAAGCGGAUUUUCCUGCAUGGAAACAAUUUAAACAGCCUUCACCAGCUAAUACACCCUGAAUUUUUGCCCUCUGAAUUUGGAGGAACCCUUCCUCCUUAUGACAUGGGAACUUGGGCCCGGACGUUGCUCGGUCCCGACUACAGCGAUGAAAAUGACUAUACUCACACUUCCUAUAAUGCAAUGCACGUGAAACACAUGUCCUCCAACCUGGAGAGAGAGUGCUCACCCAAGCCGAUGAAAAGGUCUCAGUCUGUGGUAGAAGCUGGAACCCUGAAACAUGAGGAGAAGGGAGAGAGUGAGAACACUCAGCCACUCCUUGCUCUGGACUGA